GCUGGGUAUGAGUGAUGCAAAGCUGCCAUUAGGAAGAGAAGAAAGAAUGUGCAGUUUGCUCUUAGAGUGAAAGGGAUCGCUAAAAAAUGCUGGGUGCCUGUGGCAUGCAGAAGUGUCACCAAGAGGCCCUGAAAAGGAAUCGCGUGUCCCUAGCAAAACAGCUGGUGCUGAAGGAACUGCUGGAACAUCUCAUAGAAAAAGAUGUUAUCACUACAGAAAUGGUCGAGAUUAUACAGGCCAAGGAUGGGAGUUUUAGCCAAAAUGUAGAAUUCCUAAACUUACUCCCUAAAAGAGGUCCGAAAGCCUUCUUGUUCUUCUGUGAAGCCUUACGAGAAACCAAACAGCAGCACUUGGAGGAAAUGCUCCUGAGCACCAUCCCUAGCCAGAGCAACGGAACUGCAAGGUUGAAUCAUGGCUAUGAGGAAAGUUUGUUGUUUCCUGUCCCUGAAUCAGGAAUCUUGCAGAAAAGACAACGUUUGCAUCAUGAAUCAAUGGAGUAUUCCUUGGAUAAUGGAGACGGUCCCCACUAUCCUCCAGUGAAGCCCUGCACUCCAGAAUUCUACCACGCUCACCAGCAUCUGGCAUACAGGUUGAUAUCACGCCCAAGAGGCUUGGCACUCAUACUUAGCAAUGUGCAUUUCACCGGUGAGAAGGAUCUAGAGUUCCGCUCUGGCGGGAAUGUGGACCAUGCUGCACUACAAAAACUCUUUGAAUAUCUUGGGUACCAGGUGUUUGUGCGGCAUGAUCAGACCGCACAGGAAAUGCAGGAAGAAUUGAAAAUUUUUUCAAAGAAUCCGGCUCAUAGAGAAGUAGAUUCUUGCAUAGUGUCGCUUCUCUCACAUGGCAUAGAGGGUGGAAUCUAUGGAGUGGAUGGCAAGCUACUUCAGUUGCCGGAAAUUUUCAGGCUCUUUGAUAAUGCAAACUGCCCUGGACUGCAAAACAAGCCCAAAAUGUUUUUCAUUCAGGCAUGCCGGGGAGAUGAGACGGACCGGGGAGUGGACCAGAUAGAUGGGAGUGAGCGUGCUGAUUCUCCAGGUUGUGAAGAAAGUGAUGCUAAGAUGCAGGAGAAUUCCAAGCUGCGCCUUCCCACAUGCUCUGAUAUGAUCUGUGGUUAUGCCUGUUUGAGAGGCACAGCUGCCAUGCGGAACACUAAGCGUGGGUCCUGGUAUGUUGAGGCACUUACCUCUGUGUUUGCGGAGGAUUCACGAAAUACGCAUGUAGCAGACAUGCUUGUGAAGGUGAACCGAUUGAUCAAGCGCCGGGAAGGCUAUGCCCCGGGCACCGAGUUCCACCGCUGCAAGGAGAUGUCGGAAUACUGCAGUACUCUCUGCCGGGAUCUUUACCUAUUUCCGGGCUUUUACCCCGGGAACUAACUCUGCAAUUCUUGUCCUAAAGGCAGUAAUGGAGACAGCUUCCUUUGUAGCCUUGAGGCUAUGGAACUACCAGUCUGAGGUGGUCUGGGAGGUGCUCUUCCUUACGGCAUCUAACAAGAGGUGUCAGACCCACCUCAUUCAGAAACUGUUUGGCUGAUGAGCCAUUGCGCGUUGCCGUGUCCCUGUUGUGCUUCUGCCGUUUUUAUAUGAGCCACCCUGAGCCUUGGAAAAGGCAGCAUAUAACAAUGGUGAGUUAACAGGCAGUGGCUAGCCAGGCCAGUUUUCUUAAUGCCUGUGAAAGCGUCACUAACAUUGCUCUUUCCAACCGACUCUGGUAAUGGCGAGUUCCUUUAACCCACAUCAGAUUUUUGUAAUUUUCACUUUCCGUUUGUAUGCCCAAAUUUGCGAGUGGUGGGCAGCACCUUAACGAUGACCGGUUUGUGGGCAUUCAUGACAAACAGGAACAUUUUGGGGGGCGGGGGAGUUACUCAAAGGUUUUUUUAAGGAAAAAAAUGAAAAUGUAUAGUUUUUGAAAAUGUCUUUUAUAGUUUUAUAAAUUUCUACACUUUAUGAGAAACUCGUGUUCAUCACCUAGUUGUCUGUGCAGCAACUGGCAAAAUAGCUAGUUGAGCUGAAAAGGGACUCUUGCCCGAAAAAUAAGAGGAAGUGCAUUUGCACAGGUGUCUGCUCAUCUGUUGGCAGUGGUGCGGGAGGAGGCAGUAGCUGAGCUGACUCCUAUCACUGGUGUGGCUGGCUAGCUCUGAGUGGCCUCUGCAUCUCAGCCUUCUUACUCUUGCAGCAAACCAUAGUUGGUUGUUGGAGCCACACCAAAGCUGUUCUUUCUUUUCUCCCCUCAAAACAGUGGCUGGAGAGUGGAAAUGAUUUGCUUUGUGAGCUGUGCUGAAUGGGGUGGGGCAGGGAGGGUAUGUGAGGUUGAGGUUCCACUGGCUUGUUUCUGCAUACAAACAAUGUCAUAGGGGGGAAAAAAUCCUUACAGCAGGAACUUUUGAAGCAGUCAAUAAAGCAUCUGCAUUCUAUACAAAACUUCUGACUACAUCAGAACCAAUUUUGUGUUUUCAGAGAUUAUUUCUGUGCUUCCUAAUGUUAGCUGAGCAUAGUGAGCUGAAUUAAUGUGCAGACUUGCAGUUUUAUUUAAAGGGUGGCCCCUUGUUCUGCUUGCUUGUACUCUCUGCCUGCCCUACCUUAUCCUAAUUCCCGCCCUCCCUUUCUGAGCCCCACAUGCAUUAUCAGGGAGCACUUGACUAAAUGCCUCUGGGACUCUGAUCUUGCCUCCUGCUGGUAGCUGCAGAAAAUUGGACAAUUAUUUUAUAGAAAUUAUUUUACAAACUUGCUUUUUGUAAGGUGUGUGCAGACUGAUGGCUUUUUUUCUGAAUGAGGAGGCUGGUCUUCUGUGGGUGACCUGCCUGGGAGUAACUGCUGCUCACCUUAGACCAAUUUAGAGGUUACCUGUGACAUGAACCCCACCCCGACUGUCCCUUUUGCAGACAGAUGUGAUGUUGGGCUACUCAUAUUUCCAAGCACACCGGGGCCUAAUUUGGCUUAGGACUGCGGCAUGGGAGAAGGAGGUCCUUCAGUGUUCCCUCCUACACUGUUUUAUUCUGAGCCAAAACAGCCAUGUUGGGGGGGGGGAUAUUUGCCUUACUAUGGGGCAGUAGGUGCACCGACUGCAGCAUGUUGAGCCCCGACCCAGCCUAUGUUACAGGCAGUGUUCCCUCUAAGCUGAGUUAGUGUGAGCUAGCUCACAGUUUUUUUAU